CCGCCGUGACGUCAGCGCGCUUCGCGUCACGUCCGGCGGCGCACCCGGAAGUGGCGUGGGGCCGGUUGCCAUGGGGCGGCCCGGGAGGAGCAGAGCAGGGAUGGCCCAGGGGAGGUCGGAUGUUCCUGGUCCCUCCGAGGUCACCGGCUGAGGCUCCACAGCUCCUGCGGCUGCCCCGAUCCCAAAAUGGGCAGGAUCAGCAUCUCCUGCCUGCUGCCGGCCUCGUGGCACUUCAGCCUCUCGCCCGUGGGGUGUCCCCGGCUCCUGAACGCGUCCCUGCGGCAGCUGCUGCUGCUGGGGGCGGCCGCGGCCGCGGCGGCGCUGCUGCUCUGCUCCCUGCUGCUGCUCCGCGGCAAGCACCGCGACGGGAGAUUCCACAGGUACCUGGCCAGGGUGACGGACACGGAGGCCACGGACACGGGGAACCCCAACCUGAGCUACGGCAUCGUGGUGGACUGCGGCAGCAGCGGCUCCCGGGUGUUCGUGUACUGCUGGCCCCGGCACAACGGCAACCCCAAGGACCUGCUGGACAUCCAGCAGAUGAGGGACAGCAACAGGAAACCCGUGGUGAUGAAAAUCAAGCCAGGAAUUUCGGAGUUUGCCAGCUCUCCUGACAAGGUCAGUGAUUACAUCUCACCCCUGCUGAGCUUCGCUGCCGAGCACGUGCCCCGCUCCAAGCACAAGGAGACUCCUCUCUACAUCCUGUGCACUGCAGGCAUGAGGAUCCUGCCCGAGAGCCAGCAGAAAGCCAUCCUGGAGGAUCUGCUCACGGACAUCCCCGUGCACUUCGAUUUCCUCUUCUCUGACUCCCAUGCUGAGGUGAUUUCUGGGAAGCAGGAAGGAGUCUACGCGUGGAUUGGGAUCAACUUUGUCCUUGGGAGAUUCGAGCACACGGACGAUGAGGAUGAGGCCGUGGUGGAGGUGCAGGUCCCGGGCAGCGAGCGCCACGAUCCCAUUUUCCGCAAGAGAACCGUGGGGAUCCUGGACAUGGGCGGGGUCUCCACGCAGAUCGCCUACGAAGUGCCCCAAAGUGAGGAGGUGGCCAAGAGCCUGCUGGCGGAGGUGAACCUGGGCUGUGACGCCCACCAGACGGAGCACGUCUACCGCGUCUACGUGGCCACCUUCCUGGGCUUCGGCGGCAACGCGGCGCGCGCGAGGUACGAGGAGAGCCUCCUGUCCAGCAGCCUCCUGAGGAACAGGCAGGCCGGGCUCAGCCCGCAGGCCCCUCUCCCGGACCCGUGCCUGCCGCGGGACGCGCAGGACGAGCUGCGGCUCCGGGGGCUGACGCUGCACCUGCGCGGCACCGGCGACUUCCAGCAGUGCCGGGAGCGGCUGCGGCCGCUGCUGAACCGCACCGACGGCACCCAGAGCUCCCUGAACGGCGUCUUCCAGCCGCCCCUGCACCUGCAGAGCAGCGAGUUCUACGGCUUCUCCGAGUUCUACUACUGCACCGAGGACGUGCUGCGCAUGGGCGGCGACUACAGCGCGGCCAAGUUCACCCGGGCCGCGCAGGAUUAUUGUGCCACCAGGUGGUCGGUGCUGCGGGAACGCUUCGAGCGCGGGCUCUACGCGCCCCACGCGGAUCUGCACCGGCUCAAGUUCCAGUGCUUUAAGUCUGCCUGGAUGUUCGAGGUUUUCCACCGGGGCUUUUCCUUCCCGGAGAGCUACGGGAGCCUGAAGACGGCGCUGCAGGUCUACGACAAGGAGGUGCAGUGGACGCUGGGGGCCAUCCUCUACCGCACCCGCUUCCUGCCCCUCAGGGACAUCCAGCAGGAGAAUUUCCGCGGCGUUCACUCUCACUGGAGGAGCUUCUCCUUUGUGUACAACCACUACCUGUUCCUGGCCUGCUUCCUGGUGGUGCUGCUCUCCAUCCUGCUCUACCUGCUCCGCCUGCGCCGCAUCCACCGCCGCCUGCUCCCCGGCGGCUCCUCCCCUGCCCUCUGGAUCCAGGAGGGGCUCCCCCCGCAGAAAAUCCCGGGAUAGGAUCCAGGGUGGAGGAUUCAUACACACACACACACACACACACACACACACACACACACAAAAAAGCCAUUUUUGCCUCAGGGUUCCUCCUUUUUUUGCCCCUUUUGGAGAAGCGGAGUUGGGAAUUCCGGGCAGGCUUGGGAAUUCCAGGGGAACGGGGUGGUGAGGGAAAAAUGCCAAAAAAUGACUUUGCUGGGAAUGUUGCACUUGGAGGUGUGCGGGAGAGGAUGAGUUGAGUUCCCACCUUUGGGAGAGGCUGAAAUCCCAGAAUGAGCUUGGAUUUUCCUUGCUGGAUUCCAGCGUUGCCAUCCCUGCUCUCGCUUUGGAGUCUCGAAGAACGGGAGGUUCCAAAAGCAGGAACAAAAAAACACACACAAAAAAACCCCUUUUAGGACAUUUUAUGUGAUUUUCCCCUUCUGGAAUCACUCCUGGGAUGGAGAAGGAAAAUGCCUCGCAUCCAAUGCUGUGCUUCCAUAUAAAACUGCUUCCAUCACUUCUGCUCCCUCCUUUUUUCCCUUGGAAAAGGGAAAAGGAUUUCCUCCUUUUUCACCCUCCCAGUGGCACCAGUCGCUGCUUUUAAUCCCAAAUUUCUGUUCCAUAAUCGUGGAGAGACCUCCCAGAAACUCCAGGAAUGUGAAGAGAACUGGAAAAGCAGAGGAGAACGUGCACAGGGUCUUUCCAAGUCCUCUGGUAAUUUAUAUUUUAUUUAAAACUGUUGAUUUUACUUGAAAGUCAAUUUGUCCCUGAUUAAAAGUGGGAUUUCUAUGAA